AUGAGGAGGGGACGGAGACGAGAGACGAGCAGGUGGCAUGGAAUCCCUGAUCCCGGAUCCCUGUCACCCUGCGCACGGCCCUUGCCUGCCUGCACUAGGCAGGAACCACCGACAAAAGAGAUGGGUUGCCCAGGUGCCCGUCUCUCGCCCACUCCGCCUAUUCACCGUCAACACCUCUCCUCCCCCGCCAUCCUCGCCGCUCCCCCCGAACCCUCUCCCCCUCUGGAGCCCAUUGUCGCUACUCACUCUUCCCGAGGCGACUCUAGGCAUCUGUCCGCUCCUUUUCCCUUCCUCGUCGUUCCUUAA